AUGGCGGAGGACCGGAUGGACGUGGCUAGCAAUGGCGGUGGUGCGAUGGAGAAAUGGUGGAGCGGGAUUGAAGCACACAGGCGGGUGGGGGGAGUCGGAAAAGUAGGGUUGCUUGCUUUGCUUGCCUCAAGGCAGGAGUGGGGGAACGGCGCGGAAAAGGCAGGGGAGAAGGCGCAAACCGGGAGGAGCACAACUUCCCAGUUGACGAUAGAAGCUUCCGAGUCGAAUCAAUCCGAUCCUCUUCUGGACGCGCUGACGUGCAACGCGGAUGAUGACGUGGCAAGUUUCCACUUUCCGGCUCAUCGCAGGGGGCUCGGAGCGCCUCCCCAUGCGCUCUCCGCGUUCGGUGCUGACGUUUACCGUCACGAUCUGCCAGAGCUGCCGGAUCUUGACAACCUCUUCGCGCCAGAAUCCGUCAUAGCCGAGGCGCAGGAGCGCGCAGCGCGAGUUUUCGGCGCGUCGGAGACCCGUUUCUUAGUCAACGGCAGCACCGUAGGCGUACAGGCGGCUAUAGUAGCCUGUUGCCGACCCGGCGACGUCCUUAUUCUCCCUCGCAACGCUCACCAAUGCGCGUUUUCCGGUAUGGUGCUAUCAGGAGCCGUGCCGCACUAUAUCCUCCCAGUGACCGAUCAUUCCUGGGGUAUUGCACACGGAGUUACCCUGGAUAGCGUCAUAGAGGCGAUACGGCACGUGGCUGAUACUGGAGCGCGAAUAGGAGCUGUUCUGGUGGUUUCCCCGACCUAUUAUGGGGUAUGCAGCGACAUCAGGGGAAUCGCCCGGGCUUGUCACGAGGCAGGCGCGCCGUUAAUAGUAGACGAGGCGCACGGGGCGCACUUUAAGUUCCACAACGCGCUGCCAGAGACCGCACUAGAGGCGGGUGCAGACAUAGUGGUGCAGUCGACGCACAAGGUGCUGGGAUCUCUGACUCAGUCCGCCAUGCUGCAUAUUGGCCAUGGCUAUUCAGGCUCUCCUGGUGGGAAUGUGGGUGAAGCCGCAUUAUCACCACCCGUGCGAGACGUGGCGCGAGCGCUGCAGCUGCUGCAGUCGUCGUCGCCCUCCUACCUCCUCCUCGCGUCCCUCGACGCCACCACCGGCCACGUCGCCCGCCCCUCCUUCCCCUCCGCCCUCGCGCGCGCCCUCCACCUCGCUGCCCCCCUGCGCUCCUCCCUGCUCGCCCUCGGCCUGCGAGUCCUCCUCAGCCCAGACAAAACCUUAAGAGGCUACAAACAGCCAAAGAGGCAUGCAGGGUUUGACCCGCUGCGGGUGACGGUGAGUGUGAGGGAGCUGGGGCUGACAGGGUACGAGGCUGAUGAUGUGCUGCGGCUGCAGCAUGGGGUGGUGGCAGAGCUGCCUUUCCUGCAUGGCAUCAUGUUUGCUGUCAGCACUGGCAGCACUGAGAGCGAUGUGGACCGCGUUGUUGCUGCAUUCACUGCCAUGGUGGAGGAGAGGGGAGUCAGUGAGAGGGUGGAUGGAGUAGAGUGGGAGGAGGGUGAAGUAAAGCUAGAACAAGUGUUGUUUCCGGUUGCACCACCGACCAGCCGCGGGACUCCAGUGUGCUGCCCGCAAUUAUCCCCACGGGACGCAUUUUUCUCGCCCAGUGAGGUUGUGCCAGCUCAGCAGGCGGUGGGGCGUUACAGUGCGGACAUGCUGUGCCCGUACCCGCCUGGAAUCCCAGUGUUGCUGCCGGGGGAGGUGGUCACUGCAGAGGCAUUGGGCCUGCUGCAAAGAGUGCUGAGCCUUGGGGGGUCUGUGUCUGGCCUGCCCUCUGAUAGCCUGGAUGCCAUCCUUGUUAUUGUGUGCCCUGAGUAG